CGAACCGACAUGAUGAUGAAAGUGCACUCCUCCAAUCUGGGCCUUCUGAACGACCCAUCCUACGAAAAAUUUGACAAAUCCUUCUCCUCCGCCACCGCGGACUGCCUAGAGUCCCUCUGCUCGAAUUCCUACCUCCACGGCACGGCUGGCUUUCCCCGGAUGACAGAGGAGCCACAUUCACCUCGUUCGGUAAAAUCCACCUCCAGCGUCGCCUCCUUCCAAAAUUCCUCCUCCUACUCCUCUGCCAGUCCCAACGCCUCCCCCUCCAGGCUGGAAGAUAUUGGAUCCACCUCCAGACUCGGGUUUCCCGAUGACGACGACUACAUCCUACCUCAAGUGGCUGACAGUCAGAAAGCACCGGACGAGGGUUCCACUGUUCUGCCCGAUCUCAUGGAUCCCACAAUCGCUGUGGAGGCUCUACUGUCCCUAGAGAAGACAAAACCCCUGGAGGGGUCCGAGUCACAGCAUCAGAGCUCCGCCCAGGACAGAGAACUCGAAGAGGCUGUAGCCUACCUCUGGCCAGCUAUGGAUGACAGAACCGCACUGGCUACCAAACAGUUGGAAAUUAAUGCCUCUUUGGGCGAUCCGCAAGAGACCUUUGUACCCAGCUUUACGACCAGUCUCAUUUCAGACCUUCACAGCACUUUCCCCUACGACGAGUCCUCCAAGGGUUCGUCUGAUACGGAGUUGGAACAUCAACUGGCCAGUGUGGACACCGCGUGGACAGCCACCGUGGAGUUUCCAGGUACUCAUCUAUUUUUUGCAUUUAAGAAUCCGUUUAUAGAUCCACACCAACACGCAAAAUAG